AUGCCAUUCGACACAACCAUCAAAAAAGUCGCUAUAGCUGGCGCAUCCGGCCCCAUCGGCCAAGCAAUUCUCACCGAGCUCCUCAAAUCACAACUCUUCGACAUCACCAUCCUCACCCGAGAUCCCACAACCCACCAAACACCCUUCUCACCCUCACUCCAAGUCCUCCAAGUCGACUACAGCUCUCUCCCCUCUCUAACCCACGCCCUCACUAAACAAGACGCGCUAAUCUCCGUCCUCUCUCCCAGCGCCAUCCCCACCCAAAAACUCCUCAUAGACGCCUGCAUUCAAGCCCACGUGCACCGUUUCCUCCCCUCAGAAUACAGCUAUGAUUUCUGUUCCCCUACCAUCCACCAACUCUCCCCCAACAAGCCACUCUUCACCCAAAAAAUCGCCAUCGAAGAAUACCUCAAAGAACAAGCCACCCACACCUCUCUAAGCUACACCCUCCUCUUCAGCAACCCCAUCCUCGAACUCUCCUUGAAAAACAACCUCUUCUUCAACUUCCAAAACCGCACCGCGAUCCUCAAUCCCCAAUUCAAAACCGUCCCCAUCUCCCUCACCACUCUUCCCAGUUUGUCGAAAGCCGUCCGGAGAAUCCUCACUCACCCGCGCGAAACGGCAAAUCGACCUAUCCGCAUCAAAGACAUCGAUAUCUCUCAUGAAAAACUUGUAUCAAUCGCUCAAUCCCUCACACCCAGUCAAGAUUGGGAUAUCCGCACCGAUGUGAACUCAGAUUUAGACUCAAGUUUUAAUUUCGGAGGCAAUUUUGAGCGCGUGCACAAUAGUAUUUUUGGAAUCAAGGAGAUGACGCUAGAAGAAUUGGAGGAAUUGGUAAGAGUGACUUGUGGAGUGGAAAAGUUAUGA